AUGGAAAGAGGCAGAGGCAGUCACGGUGGCCGUAGCAGUUACCGCGGCCGUGGCAGUUACCACGGUCGUGACAGUUACCACGGUCGUGACAGUUACCACGGUCGUGACAGUGGCACUUACCACGGCCGUGACAGUGGCAGUUAUGGUAUCGGUGAGGGCAAUGCUGGGCACUACACUUCUGAUGGUCGAUACGGCAAUACUGGUCGUAGCAGUUACGGCGGACGUGACAGUUACGGUGGCCGUAGAGGAAGGUUCUACCAACGUCCCCAGUUAAGUGGUGGCAACGAACACAGGUCUCCUUCCCAACCACAGCCAAAAGAACAGUGGCAACGGAAGUUAAAUCCUUCUUCUUCUUCCCGUGGGGAAUCUUCAGAACCACAUGCUUCUCAACCUCGACCUGAAAUUGAAACUGAAACUGGAAUUGAAACUGACAAACUGACAAUUCAAAAUCCAGACGUCGGAUCUUUGAGGAUAUCAGAGGAAAAAGUAGAGAGCAUCAGACCAAUGCGUAGGCCUGACAAAGGGGGAAAAAUGGCAGCUAAGAGAAACACCCUUGAGGUGAAUUAUUUCCUUGUUCAGUUUGAUGAAAAGAGAGUAAUAUUCCACUACAAUGUGGAUGUGAAGGCCAAGGCUCCAUCCAUGAACAACCGGCCUCAGAAGAUUUCCAAGUUUCUUCUGUCGUCGAUUCGGGAUAAGCUGUUUUCCGAUCAGGCGUUCCCGACUUCGGCGUACGACGGCGACAAGAGCAUAUUCAGCUCGGAGCGCUUGAAGGAAGGAACCUUCGAUGUGGAGGUGGUGAAAGGUGGGGAAGCAAGAAUGCUUUGGUAUUCGGUCACUCUUACACUUGUGAAGGACCUUGAACUCCGCAAGUUGAGAGAUUACUUGAGUGGAAAGGUUCUUGGAACUCCUGCAGAUGUUUUACAGGGCUUGAAUUUGGUGGCGAAGGAGAAUCCCAGUAAGCAGUGUGAUACGGUUGGGUGCUGCUUCUUCCCCAAGGAUCAUCCCAUAAGUCCGGAAGACUCUAAAGGGAUAAUUGCAACUGGAGGGUUUCAGCAGAGUCUUAAAACCAGUUCUCAGGGCUUGUCCUUGUGCGUCGACUUUUCCGUUCUGUCGUAUUUUGGGGAGGAGAAACCGGUGUUGAAGUUUCUGCACGAACAGAUUGAGAAUUUCGAUUUGAGGAUGUUUCCCAAGUUCAAGAAAAAAGUUGAGGAUUUACUUGUCGGGUUGAAAGUUAAUGUAACCCACCGGAAGACGAAGCAGAAAUACACUAUCACAAAGUUGACACCCAUGGUUACGAGCAAGAUCAGAUUCCCUGUUUUGGACAGUGAGGGGCGGAAUCCAGCAGGGGAAUGUAGUCUGAUUGAUUACUUUUGCAGGAAGCAUAAGGUGGAGAUUCAACACACGGAAAUUCCUGCCUUGGAUUUUGGAGGCAACAAGAUGAAUUAUGUUCCAAUGGAGUUGUGCGUCUUGAUCAAGGAUCAAAGAUGCCCCAAAGAGAACUUACUGAAUACAGAUGCUGGCAAUGUGUUGAGAAGAAUGUCACUGGCUACUGCAGGAGAAAGGCGAAGAAAAAUAUGCACUAUAGUGGAAUCAGAGGAAGGACCGUGUGGGUAAGUGAAUUUGAACCUGGUUAGUAAUUGAUGCAAUGAAUUUAGCAUUUGCAAAAAUUGCAAAUCAUUUGUGUUGACAGUUUCUUUUCCUGAAUUUGUUGGAAACAAAGGCCUGACAGAAUCUGUUUUGACAGAGGUGGUGUUAUGGAGAGUUUUGGCAUGCGUGUG